GCAUUGUGCCCCACACCUGCCUCGAGCAUUUUGAGAUUUUUUCUGUUUAAUGUAUAAAUUAUUCAUGGAUUGAAGAAAUCAAAAUGGCUGAUGAUAAAGAGACAAAGCAUGGAGGACACAAGAAUGGAAGGAAAGGAGGACUUUCUGGCAGUUCCUUUUUCACCUGGUUUAUGGUCAUUGCCUUGCUGGGAGUCUGGACAUCAGUAGCCGUCGUUUGGUUUGAUCUUGUUGAUUACGAGGAAGUUCUAGGAAAACUGGGAGUCUAUGAUGCUGAUGGUGAUGGAGAUUUUGAUGUGGAUGACGCCAAAGUUUUAUUAGGCCUUAAAGAGAGAGCUGCUUCAGAGCCGAACUUCCCACCACCUGAGGCUGAGCCACACACUGAGCCAGAGGACCAAGUUCCCUUGGGGACAGAACCCCAGAAUAUUGAAGAUGAAGUAAAAGAACAAAUUCAAUCCAUUCUUCACGAAAUGGUACACACAGAACAUGGAGAAGACCUGCAACAAGAAGAGGAGGGGCCAGCAGGAGAACUACAGCUGGAGGAGGAUGAUUUCCUCACCACUUCUGAUGUUGAUGAUAGAUAUGAGAUCCUGGAACCUGAAACACUUCAUGAAGAUACUGAAGAUACUUACCAUGUGGAAGAGACAGUUUCACAAGACCAUCAUCAGGAUAUGGAAGAGAUAAUGUAUGACCAAGAAAACUCAGAUUCCAGUGAACCACUAAUAGAUGAGGAAAGAUUGCAUCAGGAAGCAGAUGAUGUAACAUACCACGACUAUGAUGAACAAGAUAAUGCUAUAGAAGAUUCAAAUUUAAUUUCAGAAGAAGUAAAUGCUACCCCUGUGGAAGAACACCAGGAAAUACCACCAGCUAAGAAAAAGAAACCUAAACUUUUAAAUAAAUUUGAUAAAACUAUUAAAGCUGAACUUGAUGCUGCAGAAAGACUCCGUAAAAGGGGGAAAAUUGAGGAAUCAGUGAAUGCAUUUGAAGAACUGGUGCGCAAAUACCCUCAGAGUCCACGAGCAAGAUAUGGGAAAGCACAGUGUGAAGAUGAUUUAGCUGAGAAGAGGAGAAGCAAUGAGGUGCUCCGCAAGGCCAUUGAAACCUACCAAGAGGUGGCUAGCCUGCCUGAUGUCCCCAGUGACCUGCUGAGGCUGACUUUGAAACGGCGGUCAGAACGACAGCAGUUUCUGGGUCACAUGAGAGGUUCCUUGCUUACCCUGCAGAGACUGGUUCAACUCUUUCCUAGUGAUACUUCCUUAAAGAAUGACCUUGGCGUGGGAUAUCUCUUGAUUGGAGACAAUGACCAUGCCAAGAAGGUGUAUGAAGAGGUUCUGAAUGUGACACCUAAUGAUGGCUUUGCUAAAGUACAUUAUGGCUUCAUCCUGAAGGCACAGAACAAGAUUGCUGAAAGCAUACCCUAUUUAAAGGAAGGAAUAGAGUCUGGGGAUCCUGGCACUGAUGACGGGAGAUUUUAUUUUCACUUGGGGGAUGCCAUGCAGAGGGUUGGGAACAAAGAGGCAUAUAAAUGGUAUGAGCUCGGCUACAAGAGAGGACAUUUUGCAUCUGUCUGGCAGCGCUCACUCUACAAUGUGAAUGGACUGAAAGCCCAGCCAUGGUGGACCCCAAGAGAAACAGGGUAUACGGAAUUAGUCAAGUCUUUAGAACGAAAUUGGAAGUUAAUCCGUGAUGAAGGCCUUGCAGUGAUGGACAAAGCCAAUGGUCUUUUCCUGCCUGAAGAUGAAAACCUGAGGGAGAAGGGUGACUGGAGCCAGUUUACACUGUGGCAACAAGGAAGAAAAAAUGAAAAUGCCUGUAAAGGAGCUCCUAAAACCUGCACUUUACUAGAAAAGUUCCCUGAAACAACAGGAUGUAGAAGAGGACAGAUCAAAUAUUCCAUCAUGCACCCUGGAACACAUGUAUGGCCACACACGGGACCCACCAACUGCAGGCUCCGAAUGCACCUGGGAUUGGUGAUACCCAAAAAUGGCUGCAAGAUUCGAUGUGCCAAUGAGACCAAGACAUGGGAAGAAGGCAAGGUGCUCAUCUUUGAUGACUCCUUUGAGCAUGAAGUGUGGCAGGAUGCCUCAUCUUUCCGGCUGAUAUUCAUCGUGGAUGUGUGGCACCCAGAACUGACACCUCAGCAGAGACGCAGCCUUCCUGCAAUUUAAGAAGAAUUCAUGCAGCUUUGGCACAUUCUGACAGAUGCUGCCUUUCUGGUUUACUUUGGGUGUGGACAGAGAAGUUCUAAUCCCAUGGCUUUUAAUGCAUUGACUUGCAGCCUGGAAAACUCUGAGCUUCCUCCUAGAGUUAGACACUACAUAGAACAUUUUCCUCACUGCAGUUCAUUUAGAAAACACUGUACCAUUUCUCAUCCAUGACAGCACUGACUGUGCACCCAUGUUUAAAGUGGACACUUGGCAGCCUCUGCCUUUCCAGCCAAAGGUAUUUUUAUCAUGUAAAGUAGGUCUACAUCAAUGUACAAUGAGAACAUAUGUAGAAACUGUGAAUAGAUUGCUUUAGUUUGUAACUUUUCUAUGCAGUGUAUAUUUUUCUAGGGUAAACUAUUUUGGCAUCAUGUACCACUACUUUUUUAUUGACUACAAUGGCAGGCUUUAAGUUUAGCUGUAUAGAUGCUUUAUUUUUAGCUUUUCAAUGGUAACUGUCCUGAAGAAUUCAGAUGUGCUCCUUUUAAUUCACUUUAAUAAAAGACACUCAUGAAAAAGGCUAUUUUAUUUUCCUCAUACAAAAGAGGAAACUGUAACUAUGGCAGUGUCUAUUGUCUAUACAGAUCCUUACCUUUGAAUAUGCUUUUUUAUCUUCACUGAGAUCCAGUGUUAUCUUCUCUCACUAUGCAAAUGGUGGAGAUAGUGUCAAAAUCUUGUUUCUUUCUAAGAAGGACUUUUUAUACAGAAAAAAAAACAAUCAUUUUAUAUUAAGAUAUAAAAUUCCACAUGUAAAUUUUUUAGUGCCAAGUAUUUGGGCUUUAGGAGAACAAUGUAAAUUUAUGGAUAUAAACUAUCUUUCUGCAUUAGGUACCUAGGUAGUUGCAAAGGCACCAGGCUCCUAGCAUCUUUGCCAUCUGUGACACAGGGCCUAGGAAUCCAUGGUGUCUUCCCACUGUAGACCCAUGUGAGCAGCAAGAGGAGAGCCCUUUGGUCCUUGAGAUAGUUCUCAUCACAAUUUCAUACAUAUAAGAACAGCAGAGUAGAUGGUCUGUGGAAUGCUAGGCAUCCUUGUCCUGCAUGUGGGAGGUCUAGAUUUUUUCUUUUCUUUUUUUCUUUUUAAAAGAGUUUGAAGACUCUUGACUUGAGAAAUUUCUGCCAGCUGAACAUCAUUUUGAGAAAGUAAUUAAUAUCUAUAUUUAGUUUUAAUAUUAUCCACAGCAAAAUAACAGUUGAAAGUGGCCUUGUCUUCUCAUUCCAAAGAUGACCAAGUCUGUAAUUUAGAAAAGUAUUAAUGCAUUUGAUCUUAUAUUUUUCAAAUUAAAGCUACUGCAAGUGUUAGCUUGAGGGUAGUAGUAUUCAGGAAUGUAGUGGUAUGCAUGCACUGAAUUCUAAGCCAACGUGAACAGAAGCACUUCAGGAAUGGCACAUAGGUCACCAAAUUUCAUGCGUAGAUAGAAAAAUCACUGGUGCUUUUUUACAAUCUAGUAAAAUUUUCACAAUAUUUGCCGUACUCUUAAAAUAUUAUCCUGUUCCUUCCAUUUUGCAAAUAUGUGAAAGUGCCACAAAAAAAGUAGAGAUUCAUGGGAGGAAAAAUAACAAAGUUAAUACUAAAAUCCAGAAAAAAAACUGUUAAAAAAUAAAAUGAUAUUUGUGUCCUUCAGUAUUUAUUAA